AUGGGCCAGGAAGGGUCACCUGAGGGACAGAGUAGAGGGGCUCAGGUCAGCCGGGCAGGUGUAGAGCAGGUGGACGAGAGAGAAAAGGAGCAGGAAAAGGACUGCGAGGAGGGGGUGGGACAGGUGGCUGCAGGGGGGCGCCGUGACGUCACGCGGCUGCACAAUGACGUCAUUAGAGCGCGCGCCCCACGUGACCCCGGGCGCGAGGCGGGGGGCGGGGGGGCGUCUCCCUCCGCACGCGUGGUCGCUGCUGAUUGGUCGCCGCGCUCAGCCAAUGGCAAGCGGCCAUCUGGGACCCCUCCUCACCACCCACACCCCCCCGCCCUCCACGCCCCAGGGAUCCAGACGAGCCAGGACGCCCGGUUCUACGCCCUGUCCUCCCGCUUCGAGCCCUUCAGCAACCGCGACAAGACGCUGGUGGUGCAGUUCACGGUGAAGCACGAGCAGAACAUCGACUGCGGCGGCGGCUACGUGAAGCUCUUCCCGGCCAGCCUGAGCCAGGAGGACAUGCACGGCGACUCGGAGUACAACAUCAUGUUCGGUCCCGACAUCUGCGGCCCCGGCACCAAGAAGGUGCACGUGAUCUUUAACUACAAAGGGAAGAACGUGCUGAUCAAUAAAGAUAUUCGCUGCAAGGAUGACGAGUUCACCCACCUGUACACGCUGGUGGUGAGGCCCGACAACACCUACGAGGUGAAGAUCGACAACGCCCGCGUGGAGUCGGGGAGCCUGGAGGAGGACUGGGAUUUCCUCCCCCCAAAAAAGAUCAAGGACCCCGAGGCCAAGAAACCCGACGACUGGGACGAGCGCGCCAAGAUCGACGACCCCGAGGACACCAAACCUGAGGUGGGGAGGGGGCUUGGGGGCGAUUGUGGUAGUGCCCUGAUGGGAUUUUUUUGA